AUGAUUUCUCCUUGGAGCUAUCAUGUCUGUAACCAGACAGUCACAGUAAACGUCUCCAAGGUCAUAGCAUUCCAAAAGGCUCGAGAAGAGCCGACCUGGUGCAUGUCAUGGAUUCCGUGGAAGCUGUGUACCAGGACCUCGUAUCACAUCGAAUACCGGACGGUGUAUGUGCCAGAGACCUCCGUAGUGAAGCGCUGCUGCGAGGGCUACGAGCCUGUGGGACAUUAUUGCGCCCUGUCUGUGCAGACAUCCCAUGACUGUGCCUCCAGACCAGGAACAUGUCCUGCUAAAGAAGACAAGGAGCAGGGCCCCAAAUGUACGUUCGAUUAUGAUUGCCCAGGAUUGCAGAAAUGUUGUAUAUCUCCCAACGGAUCUUUCUGUGCUUCUCCUGCACCUCCAGUUCUAGACAGGAACACAAUCAAAUAUUGGUACAAUGCUACAGCCAUUAUAAAGAUGGCCUACGAAGAACUGAUCCGAUGGGAUGAAGGCUUAGUCAAUCACACAAGACUAUUACACUCAAUGGUAACUGGAGAAUUUUGGCCACUAGAGUCAGUGGUGUACCACAUCUCCACCAAACCUUCAGGGACCUUCUCCAUUGCGUCCUCCAUCCUCAUUGGGAUUAAUGAGUCGCUUCCCCUGAGGCACCUUGCAGCGAUGCUCAACAAUAUAGUCAUUCGUUUACCAGAAGUGUUCAACAUGGAGAUACAUGAUGUGGAUGAAUGCCUCUACCCAGCGCUGGGCAGCUGCUUAUCCAACCAGGAGUGCGUAAAUCUGGAGGGGUCAUACAACUGUACCAACAAGAGCUAUACGGACGCCAUCCACACUACAAUACCGCCAGCACCCAGUCCCAAAAAUCAUCCUUCUGAUCCACCACACGUGACCUCUCCUAUCACUCAGAGCAUGACCUAUCCCGGAUCCACAGCUACCUUCUGCAAUUGUUCCAUGUUCCACAACCACAGUGUCAGUAACGUGACUAGUAGUGGCUUCCAUAUACAGUGGAAUACUGACUGCCCUGAGAAUUACACGUAUAAUAUAUACAUAUCAUCAAAGGGAUCUCAUGACAGUAAAACCAUUAAAGGAACCACAACGGAAAUUCAUGGACUUCAGUCUGGAGAACUAUAUACUGUGCAGGUGACAUUCCAGGACUGCAAUGGAAUGGUGCAGCUGUGGAAAGGAAGAGUGAAAACAGAGGCUCAUAUUGUAAAUGUUACGCUGAAGAUUGAAAAUUGGAACCUCACAGAAUCUCUGAUGAACCCCAACUCUACAGAACAUGCAGACUUUAUUCAGAAGUUUAUUUUGGAGGUAAAGAAUUCCUUGUCUAAUGAAAUUCCUACAGGGCGGGUGAUGGUGGAGGUUGAGUCACUGAGCGCGGGCAGCAUCAUCGUCCAUUUCCGAGUCAUUGUCAAUGACUCUGAUGACCCGGUCAAUAUCACAGCGGAGUCCUUCUCCGCCUUCAGUGAGCAGUUUGAAGUUAACCCAGAAUCUAUUGUUGUCACAGAUUUAAAUGAAUGCCUGUCACCUGCGGACAAUGACUGUCACUUAUAUGCAGUCUGCAAGGACCUGGACAGAUCAUACACCUGUGAAUGCCACCCAUCAUUUGUAGAUCGAGAUCCCAGGAGGCCUGGCAGGAACUGUGAGGGAGGAGGACCGACCUCAGAAAGCCUCGAUUCCUCCAGCGUUGAUCAUGUCAGUCCGUUAUCACCUUCUAUGGAGAACAUAGAUCCCACAGCGGGAGGAUCUACUGUCAGUCCUGCAGACCCUUCACCUCCUACCACCUCCUCACAUCCAGGACACCUGACAAAUGUCACCGAGAACAGCUCCAAAAUUAUACCGAGUGCGGCCGUUUCUGGGGAUCCCCAUCCAGCCAAGGUUAUACAGAGCACACCAGUGCCAACAGGAAACCCUACACUGGGACCAGUGCACUCAACUCCAGAUCCAGUGCUCACUACAAGUCUCAAAACCGUGCCCAGCAACCUCGCUCCUACUGUUAACAAUGCCACUGCAAAAGUCUAUUCACCCGUGGUCGGCGCACUCCCCCAGCUGAAAGCAACAGAGCCACCAACGACUGAAGGAAUAGUCAAUGUCGUCCCCACGGCAACAAGACAGACGACAAGCCGGGAAAUUUCUUGUUCUUUUCCCGUGGUGGGUGCAAAUGUGGCGUCCACCAAUACGCCACAUCUGGAAACCUCCGGUGUUAAGACGACCGCGCAGAAGUCCCUCGCCCUCACACUGAAAGAUGCCAGCACGGUCAUAUGUGCUAUUGAGAAGAUUGGGAUCUCCAUAGAUAAGGCCUUCCUGAAGAUGAUGUCCAUUGUCAGUCAAUCUCUGUUCCUUGGGAGUCGGGAAUGUUCCAUAAAGUGCAGCACAGACACCCACAUCUUCAUAGAAGCCGGAUGGAAAGACUGCAAUACUGAUGUCAACAGUAACAAGACUCACAUCAUGGUAAACUCAACGCUGUACAUCGACCUUUCAACAACAUCUCUAAAUGUGACUCCAAGAGCCGUCAGCUCAAUACGCUGCAUGUUCCACAACGAGAUCCUGUGGUCAAGUGGAUACAAUCCCUCCGGAGGAAUUUACUCCCUCAUAGAAAAACUUGAAGGUGAUGGAACAUUUACACCAGAAUUCCAGCUUUUCAUUGGAGACCAGCCCAUCCCCCCAAACUUCACACUGUCGGCCACAGACGAAAUAACAGUUCAGAUCAGCAUAAAAACAGAGGAGAGUCAGUUUAAGGUGGUCAUCAGUGAUUGCUGGGCAACCCCCACCGAUAACGCUAAUGACCCCAGGUCUUUCCCUUUCAUCAAGGACAGCUGUGCCUUGUCAAACACCUUCACCACCAUCCAUACCAAUGGCAUCUCCAACAAUGCCACCUUCCAAUCCAAGAUCUUUUCCUUUGUUGAAAAUCCCAUUGUUUAUCUGCACUGCCGACUUCAAGUUUGCACGGAGGAGCCCCUGAAAACCUGCAAACCAACAUGUAAUGGUUUCCGCUCUGCAAGAACUGGUGAUGUUGUCUUUACUGAUGUCACCCGGAUUGGGCCCCUGCAAAGGUCCGCUCAGUCAUAUGACCAGGGCUCAUCGCCUAACGGAACGCUGGGUCCUGGAUACAUCGCCCUCGUGGUCAUCGGGGUCCUGGUGCUGGUUGCCAUGGUGGUGUCCAUUUUGAUUUGCUGGCACGAAAGAAGAACCGGAAACUACAGCUUUAAGAUUAAAACUCCAGAUGUUGGCUACCAAGUGUUCUCCAACUAGAGCCAGGAUGGUCGGGACGGGCGAUGGAUGGAAUCACGUGGACUGUCUCAGGACAGGACUAUAUCACGGACAUGGUGCACUAUAGAAGCUCUCUGCACCGCCUGCUGGUCAUUGCUGGCAUUACCGUUGAUAUUUCCACCAUUUGAGAGGUUCUCAGAAGAUAAAUUAUAAUUGUCACAAUAUAACAAAAACAGAUCACAUAGCGCAGUAUGGAAUAUCUAUAACUAGCCUAGUGGUCCUUACUGGUAUUGCAGUUUUUUUUUUUUUUUUUAUUUCACA